CAAAGAAGGCUCUUAUGCUUCUUCUAUUCCAAAGAGAAGAAAUGGGAAGCCUUCAAAUUCUCUUUGUUUUACUCCUUUCUCUCUUUUUGGCAAAAUGUUACUCCCAUGAACAACAAGAACUUCUUCAUUGUCUUUCUAUAUACUCCGAAAGCAACAUUACACAAAAUAUAUACAACCCAAAUUCUCCAACUUAUACUUCUAUCCUGGAGUAUGCUCAGAAAAACCCAAGAUGGUGGAAUUCUUCACAUCCCAUUUUCAUUGCCUCCCCCAGAACAGAAGCCAAAAUCAGGCCUGUCAUUCUUUGUAGUAAAAAAAUAGGCCUACAAAUCAAGAUCAAAAGCGGUGGUCACAACUAUGAAGGCACAUCUUUCCGCUCUGAAUCCCCCUUUGUUAUGCUUGAUUUAAGCAACCUUAACGAAAUCAAGAUUGAUUUAAAUGAAGAAACAGCUUGGGUUCAAGCAGGGGCGACCCUCGGUGAGCUUUACUAUGCAAUUGCCAAGAGGAGUAAAGUUCAUGGAUUUCCAGGCGGUGUCUGUUUUAGUGUUGGCACUGGUGGACUCAUCGGUGGCGGUGGGCUCGGCGCAUUGACGAGGAAAUUUGGCCUAGCAGCUGAUAACGUUGUAGAUGCACGUGUGAUGGAUGUCAAUGGAAAUAUUCUUGACAGGGAGAUGAAUGAAGAUUUGUUUUGGCCGGUAAGUGGAGGUGGAGGAGCAAGUUUCGGUGUUAUUCUAGCAUGGAAACUCAAAUUGGUUCGUGUCCCUGAAAAGGUAACUAUUUUCUCGAUCCAUAGGAAGUUAAAUAGUAGCCGAGAUCUACUCCAAAAAUGGGAAAACAUAUCACACCAGCUCCCUGAAAAUUUGUUCAUUAGGUUACUUAUUCAAAAUGGGGGUGUUGAAAGGCAAGUGGAAUUAUUUUUCCAGUCACAAUAUCUUGGGCCUGUUGAUGAGUUAAUUCCUUUGCUCAGACAAUACUUCACCGAGUUUAAUUUGGAGCGAAAUGAUUGUUUGCAAGAGAAUACUACUGCUGGUGCAGUGAAAAGAUGCUAUGAAGUUUCUUGGAUUCAGUCAGCCUUUUAUUUCUAUUUCAGAAAAAUAACCUCACCACUUGAAGUUUUGCUUGAUAAGACUAUUCCAACACAGAAGCAUUAUUACAAAGGGACAUCUGAUUUUGUGAAGACUCCAAUUCCGGAAAGUGGUUGGGAAAUGAUAGAAAGAACAUUCUUGGAGGAAGCAGGACCGCGGAUGAUUUUGGAGCCAUUAGGUGGAAAAAUGAAUGAAAUCUCUGAAUCUGAAACUCCAUUCCCUCAUAGAAAAGGGAAUUUAUAUAAUAUUCAGUACACGGUAGGCUGGCCUGACAACAGUGAGAGCAUAUCAAGCCAGAAGAUGGCAUGGUUGAGGAAACUGUACAAGGAAAUGGAGCCAUAUGUUGCAAAAUCUCCAAGAACUGCUUACCUGAAUUACAGGGACCUUGAAUUCGGGACUAAUCAAGAGGACUACAGCUAUUCAAAGGCCAAAAUGUGGGGUGAGAAGUAUUUUGAUGGCAACUUUGAGAGGUUGGCUAAAGUAAAGAGUAAGGUGGAUCCCAUCAAUUUCUUCAAACAUGAACAAAGUAUUCCACCUUAUUCUUACUAACUAAUAGUUGAACAAGACUAGAGUGCAUGUUAGUAUUGAACUAAACAUCCCAACCCUGUUUCAAGUUUUACAAAUCAAAUACUCCUUUAACUGGUUUCCUCCCCUCUUUGUAACAAAUUUCAUUUCAAUUUUACAUGAUCUUUCACAGAA